GGACAUACUUGGCAGAGUCGGCGAGAACACCUGAUACAUAGGUACCCAAUGAGCCUUGCAGGAGACGCUUGCAUAACAUCCACCCAACCAGACGAGUGAACUAUAAGAGCAAUAGACAGCCAGCAUGUCCAAGCGCUCCCGGAGCAUCUCUAGAUCCUCCUCUGUUGGCCAGCUUCCAGAGACCGGUUCAAGGUCCUCGUCGCCAGCAUCUUCCAUCACUUCUGUUGAACGACCCAGAAAACAUCUAUCCGACACCGCCAAUUCUGGGAUAGAAGUAAUGCAAUGCUCACUGCCGCCGCAUCGGGAGACACUCUCGUUCCCCUCAUAUGAUGACUACGAAGUUCAUUACAAACAAACGCAUGUUAACAGAUGCACAGCGUGUGGGAAGAACUUUCCCACUGACCGUUUCUUGAAUCUACAUAUUGAGGAGAACCAUGAUCCUUUGAUUGCCGCGAAAAAAGACCGGGGAGAAAAGACUUACGGGUGUUUUAUUGAAGAUUGCGAGCGGAAAUGCUCGACGCCGCAGAAACGCAGGAUGCACUUGAUAGAUAAACAUAUGUUUCCCAAGACCUACAAUUUUUACAUAGUGAACGAUGGUAUAGACAAGCAGACCUCUAUGCUGCGACCUGUGAACUCGCAUAGACGUCGAAUUUCGGCAACUCCAACUUCCCCACAGGAAGGUCGGCUUAGACACCGACAAAGCUCUCUAUCUUAUUCUAAACCAGUUCCUGGACAGGACAUAGUCCCUCAGCCACAACCGGGUGAAUCGGAAAUAGCUCAGCUUGAGAGGUCAAUGUCUGCUUUGCGAUUUGUCCCAACGAGCGUUGCAAAAGGCCAUGGUAGACGAUCCAACUGAUGAGAGGGAAUCAUAUAACGAAGCAACGAAUACAGAUGGCUAAAAUAUACGUGCCGAGACUAGUGAGUAUAU